AUGAAAAGUGGGUAUUACGUCACCACCGGAAGUCGAGGAAUUCUGGGAGAAAAUGAUGUUUCUUUUCCUGUUGGGAUUUUGCCAGCGAACAAAUCACACAUUCCUGAUGAUGAGAACGCCAUCUGGGUGGGUCACUCGCCCAACGUGUUCAUGGAGCGGCUGGUCAACAUGGAGUCGCUCGAGACGCCCAUGUACAUCACCAACAACGUCCAGGGGCUGGACUUCGCCUGGCCCCGACUGUCCGGCCUUGACAUUGCCGUGAGCAUCUCCGGCGUGUUCCUGAUCCCCAACUACCGUGACCUUGAAGCCGUGGACGACACGGCGCUGUUCAUGUUGCUACAGGACAACAGUCAGGACAUGAAGGACAAGUACAAGUUUGUACAGAAACAUUUCUGCAGGCACCCAGUACCAGACUACUACUACCUACAGCUGGAGGUGAUCGCUAACAGGACGGCCAAGGCCCAGGUGGUCAUGUGUGACUCGCAUGACGUCACGGUGCCACGCUGUCCCCCACACCACAAGGACGGCACCAGGUACCUGCAGUGGGACAUCAGCCAGCCCUGCCCCUUCAUCAACACUAGCCAACGGUUUGACAAGGUGACUGGCGGCCGCAACAGUGUCGUUUGCACGGAGGAGACGGAACUGCUGCGCAAGGUGUUCCAGAGUUCAAGGCCAACGACCCAGGAGUACAUGUUCCCCUCCCAGGAGUGUACCAGCAGCCAGAGGGAGUGCAGCCAGUGUCUGGAGGCGUCACAGUGUAGGGAGAACAGGAACAAUGUCAACGUCUCCUACCUCCAUGACAAGUACUGUUGUGGCAUCAGUUGCUACACCAAAAGUCACUGCCAGAAAUAUUACAGUCCUGCAUGUCCUCCACCCAAAGUUGAGUGCGGAUUAGGUGAUGUGAACAUAUUCUCCCUGUACCCAAACUUUGAUUCGAUGACGCACCAGUUCGCCUGCCACCUGAAGUACGAACCACCACAGCAACUGUACAGCAUCAGCUACACCAUCCGCGCACCAUCCAUCAACCUCAACAUCACACCACAAAACUUUACCGUCAGCUCCAGGUCUAGGGAGGAUCAUGAGAAGCGGCUGUCCAGCUUUGACUUUAUAAACGCCUUCCACGACACGAGAUACAAGGUUGAGGACGAACUGAUUCUCGUCGGGGACCACUACGACUUCAUCAGGAACUUCGACAACCUGAUGAAGCCUUGCAUCGUGCACAAGAUCAAGGACCCCGCAGAGCUGAGGCGGGAGAGAAAGUUCACACAGGACAGCUACACCAAGCACGUCUUCAUUCAGUUUGAGAAACCUUUUCUCUACAGCUCACUCUCCUGGCACAGUGAUCAGUGCCAGAAAAAUAUCUCACAGAUUUAUCCCAAUCAAACAAUCUACGAGGAAGAUUUCAUCCCAAUGUUAGCCAGAAAAAACCAGCACGAUUCCCCCAUCAAUCAACAAAACUCUGGCUUCAUGUACCAGCUUAACCAGAGAGACAGGGCUCCCUACAUUAAAUUUUACGUAGAACGAGGGAAAUCUGUGCUGCAACAUCUUCAAGGAACGGUCAUCAAAGGGAAGCUAAUCCCGAGCAGUUUGUUUGGGAGAGUCUCAUGGAACCAUCAGAUAGGGAAGUGGAUGCUCGAUAUUUCAGGCCAGCAGGACGCCUGCCCCACCAUCCUGAGUCUGAAGAUCUUCACCCAGCUGAUGACGGGCUGUGCCGGUCACUUUGACCUACUCAUCAACUGCCCACGUGACUUCUCUGUCCAGCUUAACUUCUCCACCGACCUGAGCGAUCUGCCGGACAUUUUUGUCGUGCAGGUCAACGACUCGUCCACCAGCCAUAACCUGGUCCUCUCCUCCAUCUACCCGCCCCUCCAUGUUGACGAAAUGGGCCAGGAGAACCCCUCACCCCCCAGCCAGGAGCUGACCUCAGUGGGGGGCGCCAUCAAGACAUACUCCACGUGGGCGCCCAUCUGUUUCAUCGUCCUGCUGACACUCAUCGGCCUGCUCGUCAUCUUCAUCAUCCACACCUGCAUCAACGCUAGAGUGACAGGGAACCUGACCCCGGGCCGGGCCGACACAGAGACCCCCCAACAAGAGACCCCACUACAGGCCCAGGACGGGAAAAUCAAGAACGCUAACUCCAGCUCACAUUUCAAACACAAAAGAAACGUUCUGAUUGGCUGUUUUAUUUUCCUCUAUGUGAUCUACUGUGUGCUGUUUUCCUUCACCUUGACCUUCAGUGUGGUGUAUUUCCCCAUCUCCAUGUACUGGUCAAACAUGACCUCCCUGAACCAGCUGGGUCACGUGGUAGGGGCGCAGGUCGACCGUCUGCUGCAUGACAUCAGCAGGUUUGAACAGGACGAGAGGGCGCGGCUGUUCUCGCUGUACCAAAGACAGCGGACAGCCUGCACCGUCCAUCUUGAACAGGAAAACAGACGGCUGUUGGACGACUACCAGCAGACGACAGCCAAACAAGUCCAGGCGAUCUUUGUGGAGAAUGGAACGUUGCACAACUUAUCCAACGCCAUCAUCCAACAGAACGCGUCGGUGUACAUGCAGCAGAUUAACGAGUUUGUGGCGGACUGUAACAAAACAGUGGAGGCCAUUGUUCAGAGAUUCCAGGCCAAGUACUAUCAUUUCCUGAGCGACACGGUGCUCAACGAUUGGCUCAAAGUCCCGCGCCAGAUUUUCCUCUAUCAGGAGGGGGAGGACGUGAACAAACAGUUCCUCUCAUCCACCUGGGUCAAGCAGUUCGCUGUGUGGCUGGAGAUUGAUAAGGCUGAGGAGUUGUUGGCGGUGGCUGAAAAUGUUUUCGGACGGAUGUCCAGCAUUGAGGCGCCCCGUGUGUCGGCCUUGAACUUGACCUUCCCCAGCGUGUACCCCCACGUGAUGAGCCUGGAGCCAGCGUUUGACUACCACAACCACUCCUACACCUACAUCGUCCAGCUGCCCAUGACCAACCAAGAGAUGCAACACUUCAACCUGACCCUGUCGCCCUCUGGCUCGGAGGUUUUAAACUUCAGAAAAAAACGUCACGUGGACGAGUUUGGUCUGAGUGGGAACUUGAUGUCAAACCCUGACAGUCAGGAGUUUAGCCACACCAGCGCCAGGAGCACUGACGUCAGCCCGGGCAGCACGUGGGUGGAUGACGACUUGGAUCAUUAUGCCAGAUAUCUUUCUGACAAUUUCCAGAGCAAGAAAAAAAUUCGAUCCAGGAAGAUGAAAGACACUGAGGACGUAGGGGAACUGUUGUUUGAGGAGAAAGAUACAACAAGGGAGGGAAUUCAGAACGACGAGCGUGUCGAGAAUCUUAUUUUAGAUCAGUCGUCAGACAGCUAUAAACUAGACAGCCUGCCUGCUGACCCGGACAGCAGCAAGUCGCAGGACAGCAAGAUCCCGUACAUCUUGAUUGGAAUCUUCCUGACGCUGGACAUCUUUCUCUGGCUGUACCGCUUCUCAUGGUGUAGUGACCAGGUCUACGCCGCCAGACACGGCUACGCUGACCGCAUCCCCACAGACGAAGCUUGCAAGCACUUCUUUGAGAUCCAGACAGCGUACCACCUGCCCACUUUUGAGCACCCGCACGACGAGUCGUCCGGCUACUACGUGGACAUCAAGGAGCAGUUGAACCCCGAGAAGGACUCGCCGGACAUCACGUUCCUGCAGGACCUCCCUAAACACAAGGACAACAAGGACGACAUUCUGCAGAAGAUCUGGAAUGAGAAGAUGAACAAGUCCAAGGAGAUGGGAUGUCUGGCACAGUGCUGCCUGGUGCGGUGGUGCUACAGCGCCAAGAAGAUUCUACAGAGAUUGUUUUUGUCCAAGCUGGCGUGGCAGGGGUCAAUAACCUUCACUGCCAUCCUGUUCAUCUGUUUGUUCAUCUACUGCGUUGAGUUCUGGCUGACCCCUGAGACUUUCAGAACCCUGGUGGGGGGUCACUCUGCUGCAGCAGACGUCAUGUGGCACCUAGAGUCCAGUUCUCACUACCUUCAGACCCUCGCCCAACAGCUGACCUUGGAGCUGGAGAGGGUCAAGGACAUGUGUGACCACGAGGUCAACACACUAACAGACAUUUUUUUUGCCACAGUUAACAUGCAGACCUCCAUGUUUACCACGACACUCCAAAGGUUGUGUUAUGAAGCAAGGAAAGACAACUGUGACAAGCUAACUGUGUAUCAGUCAACAGGGGGGAGAAUUGUUGGCUGCAACUUCCUUCCCUUGCAGGCCCAGACCUACCAUGAUGUGAGCCUGAGUAGCCUGGAUGCUGCUAUCAUGGAGAAGGUGGCACCGCUGCUGGAGCUGGUCCAGUGGAUGCUGGUACUGUCCACCUCUGUGGUAGUGACCAUCCUCUGCCUGCGGCUCCUGUGUCAGGCAGUGACCUCAACAGUGAGGAACUACCUCCUGCUAGCCGGCCACCUGCCCAGGGUACGCGUGUACCAGUCAGAAGAACAGCACCUGGCAGCCACGCAGGUCAACACCACCAUGCAGCGCAGCCAGUCCUGGGUAGAGAGCUGUGAGAGCGGGGUCUACCUGGGGGAAACAGAAGACACAAACAAAGAGGAAUCCAGAUAGCAAUGGCACCGCUUCCUCCUCAAACUCGGCACCAAAGAUUUGUUUUCAAUUUUCAUGCGCUGGAACUUCCCCCUUCCCCCUAGACUAACCGCAACUGCUUGUAAAGUUUGUUACUUGGUAUUGUCACGUUUUCUGGCUUAACCAUUAUCCCAGCUAGAUUAGCCCUUUAUCCUAGCUAGAUUAGCCCUUUAUCCCAGCUAGAUUAGCCCUUUAUCCCAGCUAGAUUAGCCCUUCCAAGAUGAACCGUUCAGAUGGCCGACAGAUUAAUUUUGUGAUUUAUUACCUGGAAAUGCUGUAAAUAAAAACUGGACAAUGGUUAUGCAGCUGCUGUCUGCCAGUGAUUUAGUCCGCACCUAUUUUGUUAGUCUUUGUUGAUGUAACUACAUGUACCGGUAUAACAAUUCCAUAAUAAAAGUGUAUCAUUGCAAUAUGUACAUUGACUUGACCUUGUCAAAGCCCAACCUUUUUUAUACUGCUUAGUCUACAUCACUUUCUGUACAGCUUUGCUAUUUUAGAGUUUGGAUACAACUCUGUAUAUACAUUAGUCACACGCUUGUUUAUUUAAAAACCUUUGAUAUAUUUCUAUUCGCAGAUAUAAGCGAGUAUUUUGUCAAUUAGUAGUUCAGUUAUCAACUAUCUGUUUUCUUUAGCAGCUAAGUGGGAUUUGGGGAGGUGGGAUUACUUAAUCAAACUUUCUAAUUUAAAUAAAACUGCUACAGUUUAUUUACUUGUCAAGUAAUGAAGGCAAAAAUAUGAAAUUAUUUUACAAGUUGAGAUCAACUGUACCUGUGGCCCUUACCUCAGUUUGUUGAGGUGUAUCAACUCUACAUGUGGCCAUUACCUUAGUUUGUUGAGGUGUAUCAACUGUACAUGCGGCCAUUACCUCAGUUUGUUGAGGUGUAUUCUGGUUUUGACUAGAGUUGAAUAGAUAUGCGGAGGUCAAUUCAUUUGUUUAGCCCAAUGCCGGACCAAUAUGGCGGGUGUAUUAAGGUGAGGCUUGCUGAAAUUAAUCUUGACCUGGUAACAAGAAUGCACUGAAAGAACGUUUCAGGAUUAUUUUUUUAGUUUUAGAAUUUUAUACAAGUCUUAUAGAUUACAAUAGAUUUUUUAAAAUUGCAUUGACAAUCAUAUAUAAUUUCAUACUUGUUUGUGUAAAUAUGUAAUUAUCAAUAUUGUUAAUUGAGCAUUCAGUUUGUUAAUUACUUAAUGUUUUUUGACAUAAAAUGGGUGUCAAUGCUGCUAAAUACUUGGGGCACAAACUCAGCUGUUCUUUACUUGACCAACUGAGGAAAAGCUGCUAGAUUAGCUUGAGGGGGGAUCACUCUAAUGCAGUGUAAAUAAAAGCACAAGACAAGCAGUAGCUUUCAGUCCAAGGUUCUGUUUUGUUAGAUUCAAACAUUCCUGACUUCAUUUUCUUCAGCUAAGGAACCUAACCUAACACUUUUUCUCAAAACUUGGUGUUAAGAAAAGCUUGAAAAUUAAAUAUCAAGUAAAUUCUAUACAAUAAGGAUUUAGUUUUAUUUUUAAAACAGUUUUAUUUGUAAUACAUAUUUUAAACAUUGGAAUUAAAAAUGAACUUAUGUAUGGUAUUUUAUUAGCCAACUUUCAAAACUAUAAGAGCAAAUAUCUAAGCUAACACAUUUUAAGUCAUCUAAAACAAUACUCAUCACUAGACUGUACAAAAUUCAUUUUCAAUAUUUCAUUUAUUUGAUUUAUAUAUGUAUAUCCAUGUUUUCUUUACUUUUUAAUAUAAAUAUACAUUAAUCUUCAUUCUUCACUGCCACCUGAAACUAUUGUUAUGCCUUUUUGUUAAAUAAAUAAUCUAAUCCGUGUUAAAAUAAUCUAAUCCAUGUUAAUUCUGUUUUUUUUGUUGGUGUAUAUACAUUACCGAAAUCAUCCCCUUAUUUGAGGGGCGCUGGUUGAUAGGGUGUAAAUAUUUCUAUUGGCUGAUGCUCUGCUCUUGAUCGUUAAACUUAACUGGGUCCAGAUAUUUAUAUAUAUAUUUAUAGUUAGAUGUUCACUGUGCUAAAGAUUCAGUACAUUUUCACUUGAUCCAUUGGAUCAAUUUUAAAUAUAUAAUUUUUUUUUUCAUAUCUAACAGCCAUUUUAAGUAGAUAAAAUCUAAUAUGAAUCAUCCAAUAGGUUCAAAAGAUAAUUGUUUUAUUUUCACUAGUUCAUAGUUUAUUUGUUUUUGUUUACUAUCACAUCUCCUAACAAACCAGACUUGCUAAUGUAACAAUAGUACAAUAGUUGUAAUGGUGAUUUUUAAAUUUUUUAUUUUUGUAUUGAUUGACUGGAUAGAAAGUAUGGAACUCAAUUUUUACUACAACUACAACCAUUAAUUAUUACCACCACUACAGCCAUUACCGUUAUGAAGUAAUUAAGUAAAAUCAUAAGCUACUAUUUUUCAGUUAGCUUUUGUUUUUUUCUUACAUUGAUUUUAUACUUGAUGCAAGAAAAUAAAAUCUAAAAGCUUGAAGUAGAACUUUGGACAGAUAGAUCCAUACUACUAGAUCUAUCAAGGAUCAUUAUACUCUCCAGUUUCUGUUGUUUUUUUACUUCCAAUAUCAAAUAUAAAAAUAGAAAUUUUUAAACUGCUAGUGAGAGAUGGAUGACAGCAUUUGGUUGUAAAGGGGGAUGACUCGAAAUUAACGUCUGCUAAUUGAUGUUGUAUAUGUUGUUGAAAUUAUUUGUAUUGAAAUAAACUUUAUUUUAUGCCUACAUGAAAA